GAGAGAGAGAUAGUGCAUUAGAAUUUAGGAAAUAACCUCCCUCCCCUCUACCCUUCCCCUCCUCUCCCACCCACCUCUUGUCUAUCUCUCCAUCUACAUCCCUCGCUUUUUUCUGUUUCCCCCUCUCUUCCUCUCUUCCUCUCUUCCAGUCUUUUUCUUUUCUGUUCUUUUUUUUAAUGGACAGAAAUUAUCCUGGCGCAGGAUUCGGUGAGCUGGGCGCCGGGACGGGAUGGAGUUACGAGAGGUCGGCCAAGGCGAGUCUGAUGUAUGGGAGCUCCAGAUCCUCCCAUCCAGACUCCGAAUUGCUCCAUCGUCAAGCUUAUGCCACACCACACCCCCUGCAGGGCUAUGCCACUAAUCAUCACCCAGGCAGCUCUGGACAGGCUGGGGCAUGGGGAGCUGCAGGCCGGAGCCUAGGGCUUUCGGGUUUGUUUGAUGCUGGGUUACACCAUGCUAGCCCCUCAGGGCCUGAUGCUUCAGUCAUGAACCUGAUCUCUGCUUUGGAAUCCCGAGGUCCACAACCUCCCCCAUCUGCCUCCUCCCUCCUUUCUCAGUUCCGUACCCCGUCAUGGCAGACUGCAAUGCAUACCCCAGCCCCUGCUGAGCUCUUCAUCUCCAGUGCUUUGCCUGGAUCUGGCUCAUUCCCUACUUCCUCUGCCCUGUCAGCAUACCAGCACCCUGCCUCCUUUUCUGGCCGUUCAUUUUCUGGGGUGACACCGUCACUGUCCCUCCAGGAUGCACCUACAUUUAGCCCUACCUCCAAUGGCCUCCUAUCGCCCCAUGAUCCUUUGCUACACAUAAAAACACAGUCCCAAUCCAGCCUGGGCUUUGACCGUCUUCUCUCAUCACAGAGUGCAGCAGCAUACAGGGGAGCACAGGAGCCUUCAAGUGGUCCUCAGCCUCAAGUACCUACAUCGUCCUCUGCCCGCCACUUACCCCCCCCUCAAUUUAACCUGCUCUCUUCCCAACUUCAAGAGCAGUCAUCACAUCUGUACAAUGCUUCUGUAUUCUCUUCAGCACCUGCACCCUCACAACCUACCCCACAGGAAAGAGCAAUUCCAAGGCAAGACAGUGUUAUUAAGCACUACCAGAGACCGUCCCCUGCACAGUCCCAGUUGCCUUCAUCCACAUCACAUCCCCUGCAACAUUAUCUUAGCUGUGGAGCAUCGGGCUAUCAGCAAAUUCCACACCAUCGACAUGGUGGAAUGAACUGUAGCCCCCUUGGUGACCAGAGCCCAUCAUCUGACCCCAAACCAUCACCCCGAUCAGACCAAGUGUACCGCCCCAUAGUACAGCCCCCAUAUAGCUCUUCCUCAACAUCCUCAUCAGCUGCCUCUGGUAGUGGUAUUGGGAAAUCAGGAAAGAGUUCUAGUUCUAGCAGUGGCUACUCAUCCUCCAGCUCCUCGUCAUCCAGAACUCCUCACACACCUCCCUCAGCUUCUUCUACAACUUCAUCCUCCUCCACUUCCUCUAACCCGAGUGCUUCAUCUAGUGCCUCUUCUGCUCCUUCAAGGCAGCAACCACCUCCCCAAUCUACACCACAACCCCCUCCACCACCUCCUCCACCACUCCCUGUUUCCUCCUCUGCCACACAACAGGCUCCUCCUAAAUCCUGCCUUUCCGCAUAUGGCUCCCCUGUGGCUCCUGUUAAACCCACCUCUGGUCUCCCUGGCCAAACCCCACCACAACAUUCGCAAUCAUAUUCACCAAAUCAACCUCCACCAUCCCACCUCUCACAACCUUAUGGAGGGUUCAAUUCCCCUCAGGCCCAGGAAGUUAGCUCUGGUCCUGGGGGAUCAGGAAAAGGAUUUGGGGGCCUUGGAUCAACAGGGCGUUCAUUUUCAGGGGAUGGUGUAUAUGGUUCUGAAUCAGGAUAUGGUUCUUUACCGCCAUCACUUGGAGGAGCAGGAAGUCCUUCAAUGGGAUAUGAUGGUACAGGACAUUCACCUGCCCUGAUUGGAUCUGGAGGUGGUGCUGAUUCAACAAAUAGUGGUACUAGCUCAACAGGAGGUAAUUCAGCAGCUAAUAGCAGCAACAGUGUUACAAGUGGUGGAGCUGGAGGUUCAUACCACCUUCCUGAUUCCAGUCCUUCACCUUCUGUUAACUCUGCAAUCAUUAGACCUGGAUUGCACUCCCCUGCACCCACUCACCCUGCACAGUCUCCAGGAGGAACUGGAGGUAAUAAGUACCUAUCAUCGGUUCUCUCUCCUAAUUUUUUAGCUUCUCCACAGGGUUAUUCAGACACACGGGCACCACCACCACCACAGGGACAGUCUUAUCAUUCUGCACCACCCAAGAGCAAGCCAGAGCCUGAUAUGCUUGGCAUUGAACGAUCUCAAGAGGAGGAUGAAGAUGAUGAUGAAUUUCUAAUACAGCACCUUUUGCACUCUCAAAGCCCUGCACCCCAUCCAUCUCAGCACCACACUCAGCAACAGGUGACUUCCCAGCAACAGUCCACUCAACCACAAGCAAUGCCACAAGGCAGGGAAGAAGCGAAGGGAAUGUCUGCUUAUGAUCUGAACAAGGCAUCUGAGGAACGUUACCAACUGCAGAGUGUAAUUCGCACCAAUAAUGCCACUAAUAAUGUGGGACCAGGAACAGCAAACACUGCUGGACAAGGAACUGGUCCAGGGACUGGCCAAGAGAGUCACCUGGAAAUAUCUUUAAAGAAACAGCAAACAAAAAUAGACAGGGCAGUAUCAGGAGCUGGGGCAAAUGGAGGAAGAGGGGGAAUUGAUUCACUCCCCCACUCCCACCAGCAUGCUCCACACACACACCAACAUGACUCCCUUGGCUCAGUGGUCCAUUAUGGGAGAGGGGACUCCUAUGCUCACCAGGCACACCAACAUCACUCUACACACACUUCCCACUCACAGCACUCCCAACAUCCACAACACUCUCACCCCCAUUCCCUGUCUCACACCCAUGUAGAGGUCAAGAAAGCUUCCGAUUCAUCUGAGCUGCCCUACAUACGAAAACGACCAGACUUGCAACCACAAAGGUCCCAGACUUCCCUUUCCCUCAUGGAUUCACCACCUGAUCAGACUCAACAACCUCAACAAACUCAUCUUCUACAGUCUGUACUUUCUCACUCCACGCGUAACAAGAUGGACACUCAACAGGUCCCUCAAACAACACCCCACCCAAUGAGCCAGCAGGCUUUAAUGGGACCAAGUGGAGGCCUUGGAGCUGGUGCUGGUGGGAGUGUGGAAACACAGUCACAGGCCUCCCAGCUUCAACUUCAGCUCCAAUCUCAAUCUAUGGAGGCCCACUAUGGAUGUGAGACACAGCAAAACCAAAGCCAGUCAAGUCAGAAUUCAGUCUCCCAACUUGAAAUGCUUGAACGAUCACUCUCUAGAACAAACAGCCAUGAGGGUGCAGGACCUACUGAAAGGAUUGUUGGUGGAGAUGGAAGUGGCAAUGAACAUCAAAGACCACAGCAACAACUGCAGCAGCAGCAUAGGAUGCCUUCACAUCACCAGACCCACCAUCCACAGCAAACACCUUCUGAGCUCCAUGAUUUCCUGAAUGAGCCAAAUUUGAGCAUGUCAGCCCCAUCUCAUCUGCAUCACAUGGCCGCUCAUCAUGGACACCCGCAUUCCCACCACCAACCACAGCCCCAUCAACAUCAUCAACACUCCCACCAGCACUCUCGCCACAUGCCAACCAACACAGGACCAAUGCAACCCCAGUCUCAGCCCAGGGAACCAGAGCCCCAGCUUCCCCAGCCACAGCUAGAUCAACUUAAAGACCACCAGUUUGACACUGAAAGUUCUGUAGUGAAAUCUGCACAAAAUCAAGGACAAAGUCAUCAGCAGCAGCAGAGGUUUGUGCCUCUGACCUCCAUCUGUUUUCCUGACUCACUUCUUCAAGAUGAGGAUAGAUCAUUUUUUCCAGCAAUGGAGGACAUGUUUUGUUCUGAGGAAUACAAACCAAGCUGUGCAGGUGUUGCAGGUGCAGGACAAGGAGAUCAGGAUAUUGUUUCUGAAGCACGGGUAAAUGUUCAAGAUGGAAUAGAGUCGGUAAAGGCAGGUGGUGGGGCAAGUGGAUAUGAUAUGAUGGGUCACCAUGGUGACCAGGGUUAUGGGCAGUACUGUCACAGUCUUUCUGAAUCUGGCAAUGGGACCAUACAUCUAGAUUUGGACUCAUUGAAAACACAUGAACUCCCAUCUACUGUGAAUACAGAGCAACUGGGCCUGAUUCAGUCUCAGGCACCAGGCAUGGGAAUGGGUGGAACAGGAUCUAGUGUAGAUGGAACAGGGAACAAAAUUAUGGGAAAUUCUGGUGUAGGAAGUGGCUCUGGGACAGGUGGGCUUAACUCACCUAUCUUUUGUUCCUCUAGACCAAAAAAACUGUUAAAGACCAGCUCCUUUCACCUUCUAAAACAGCGACGGGACACCAAUUCCCAGUCACAGACAAAGAAAACGUAUGCUCAAGAAUAUGAAUUUGAAGACGAUGAAGAUAAAGCAGAUGUUCCUGCUGACAUCCGAUUGAACAGCAGGAGACUUCCAGAUUUGCUUCCUGAUCUGGUGUCCAGCUGCAGAAAGUCCAGUGGUGGUUCAGGGGUAGGUGGUCUAAGUCCCCUAAUGGGUGACUUGGAUUUCUGCAACCCUGCAGGGUACUCAGCACUUGGACCUGCUCCACAGCUCCUUCCCCAUGAUGGGCCAAAGAAGAGAGGCAGGAAGCCCACCAAACCCAAACGAGAAGGCCCCCCUAGGCCUAGAGGAAGACCUCGGAUUCGCCCACUUCCUGAACCUCCUUACUGCAGGGGGCUAAUGGGUCCUGGUGCAGGAGAGAGCCGGAGGGGUCGUGGCCGAGGAAGGGGUCGUGGCAGAAAAGAUGACGUCAUGCUGGAGAUGCAUAGAGACAUCAACAAAAGCCAGAAUUACCAUCAACAGUCACACCAACAAGCGCCUCAUCUGCAUCAUCAACAACAACUUCAACAGCAACAUCCACAACAGCAGCACUUAUCGCAACAUCAACAUCUGCACCACCAUUCACAGCCACAGCAGCACCUCCACCCACAACAGCAGCACAUGCACCAACAGCAGCACCUACAUACACAACACCACCAGCAUUUACAUCAGCAGCAAACACAACAUCAACACCAACAACAGUCUCAACAGCAGUACCAGGAACCCAUCAAACCAAUUAAAAUAAAGCUACCCCUUCCCCCCAUGCCUUCAUCCGAGUCCCUCCUGAGGACAGACUCCUUGUCAAGCACAGAUCCAGUUCUGUCUGAUGGCUCAGUGGGAUCUGCACCAUCGCUUGGUCUGAGCCCCGGACCCACUUCUGCACUGGACAUGAACAGAACCGAUAUGAACUGUGGUCAGGGUAAAAUGAAAGAGAAGGAUCAAGAGAUGUCUUGGGAGAGAGACAUGGAUGACCAGUUGACCCCAGAGGCAUGGGCCACCAUGCAGAAACUGUCCAGCCCAACCGAUGACAAGCCAUCAGAGCUGAAGUCUGGCUUUAUCACUUCCUUUCUGGACUUUCUAAAAACAGAGAAGAAGCCUCCAUCUGGUCCACUUCACAUGGAUGGAUCCAGUCCUGUACAUGAGCCCUCUGUGAAGGGAGGGAUUCGUCCCUUAUCACCACCACCGCCUCCACCACCACCUCCAACUCCUCCACCUUUUGGGGAGACUGAAGGAGAGGGAGGUCUCGCACUGAGCAACUGCCCUUCACCGUGUAAACGCCUGGACGAGGAACUCAAGAGAAACCUGGAGACGCUGCCGUCCUUUUCCUCUGACGAAGAAGAUUCUGUAAGCAAGAACCAGGACCUUCAGAAGAGCAUUUCCUCAGCCAUCUCUGCCCUCUAUGACACACCCCACAGCCUGGCUGCCCUCCCACCCCCUCCCACACCAUCUCCACCACCUUCACAAGCCCCGCCCCUCCAUACACCUCCACCACCUGCUGAUUCAGACACCUUCCCAGAGCUGGAGACGCAAAUAAUGACCCAUGAUCUUCAUACACACGCCGAUCUGAACCUGCAGGAGAGGACACACACUCCGGAGGAGGAGGAGGAGGAGGAGGGGGAGGAGGACGAUGAGCCCAUAGCAGAUGAUGGGCCAGAGGAGCUAGAGGAGGAGAGAAUACAGAAAGUGGAAGAUAAAGAGGAUGAGUUAGAGGAAGAUGGAGAAGAAGAGAUGAUAGUACAGAGUAGAGGAGAGGAGAUGGAAAAAUUGGUGGAUGCUGAAGAAACGGAGUUCCGCGUCAUGGAUUCUCCCAAAGUGGAUGGUUCUUCAUCUGAGCCUCCUCUUGCUCCUGCACCACCCUUUCCUCCAUCUCUUUCUCCUUCUCCUCCCACCUCCUUCUCACCAUCACCUCUUCCUCCUCCUCUUCUCUCUAUUCCCUCUCCUCUUCCUGCUCCAGAAGAGCACAGCCCAAAAGCACAGCCACAACCACUUCCACCUCAGCCUCAUCCAGCUCCAUUGCUCCAUCAGUCUCUCCCUCCUAGCCCUUCUCCACCGGCUCUCCCCUCCCCGUCUCCUCCACCUCCAACACUUCCUCCAUCUGCCACUCCUCCACCAUCCUCCUCCCCUCCCCUGCCCAUGGAGUUACCUCACCCUUCGCCUCCCUCGCCCCCAACUCCUGAGGAUGCCCCCACUCCUCAGAUCACCGCCCUCCACCUGGCUAAGAAGCAGGACAACGCAGCCAUCGCCGGGGAGAGCGAGGAUGAGGACAGUGAGAGCGGCGGCGAGGGCAUUUUCAGAGAGAGGGAUGAGUUUGUGGUGCGCACCGAGGACAUCGGCACGCUCAAGCUGGCUUUGCAGACAGGACGAGAGCCUCCUCCAAUCUGGAGAGUGCAGAAAGCUUUGCUGCAGAAAUUUGCACCUGAGAUUAAAGAUGGCCAGCGGCAGUUCUGUGCCACCAGCAAUUAUCUUGGCUACUUCGGAGACGCAAAGAUGAGAUACCAACGUCUGUAUGUCAAGUUCUUGGAGAACGUGAACAAGAAGGAUUACGUGAGAGUGUGUUCUCGGAAACCUUGGCACAGAGCCGGCAUUGCCCUCAGGCGCCAAUCACUUGCUAAACCGCCACCCACUAUCCGCAGUCAAACUCCGCCCCGUGUGGAAAGAGAGGAGAGAGAGAAAGCAAGAGAGCGAGAGAGACAACGAGAGAAAGAGCAGCAGGAACAAAGAGAGAAGGAAAGAAUAAGAGAGAGAGAGAGAAAAGGGAGGGAGAGAGAGAAAGAGGCAGAACAGAGGGAAAAAGAAAAACAAGAAAAAGAGAAAGAAUGGGAAAUAGAGCGGGAGAGGGAUGAGAGGGAGAGAGAGAAACAAAAGGAGAAGGAAAGAGAAAAACAAAGAGAGAAGGAGCGUGAGAAAGAGAGAGCAAGGGAACAAGAGAAACAAGAGAAGGAGAAGGAAAAAGAGAGAGAGCGGGAGAAACAAAGAGAACGAGAGCGUGAAAAAGAGAGACAGAAGGAGAAAGAGCGGGAGAGAGAGCAACAAAGAGAAAGGGAUAGAGAGGAAAAAGAACGGGAGAUAGAGCGAGAGAAGGAGAGGGAAAAGGAAAUGAAGCUGCAAGAGAGGCAAAAUCAGGAAAAGAUGGAAAGGAGAGGUGGUACAGAGCGAGGCAGAGCUAAGGAGGAAAAGAGAGGUGGAGCAGGAGGUGAGAAGAGGGCGGAGAAGGCCAGGAGCAGGAUGGUGAAAGUGAAGGCGGAGCCUCCACCCAAAAAGAGAAAGAAGUGGCUGAAGGAGGUUCCCUCCUCAGAGUCCGACUCGUCCCCCUCCGCCAGUGAGGAUGAAGGUUCAGUGCGCAGUGUGAUAAACAGUCGAGCGAUGAGGGAGAUGUUCCGCAGCUAUGUGGAGAUGUUGGUGAGCACAGCGCUCGACCCUGACAUGAUCCAGGCACUGGAGGACACCAACGACGAGCUUUAUCUUCCACCCAUGAGGAAGAUCGACAGCAUCCUAAAUGAACAGAAGCGCAGAUUGCUGAGGAGAGUGAACAUGAACGCUCAGCACCAGGAAGCUCUGCACAUGUAUCCCCAGAUGAGUGCUGACGCUCUGGAGUCCAGCAUGGUGAAAGUGCAGCUCGCGGGAGAAGGAUAUAAUCGCAAAACUCUCAACCGCAUUAAAAAGAGUCUGCCCAAGCAACAGGAUCUGAAGCUGUCGACAGAGACGUGUCGGAUCUACAGCCUGUACCACUCGCUCCAUCAUUAUAAAUAUCACACCUUUCUGCACUGCAAGAAGGAGACGGACAGCAUCGAGCAGGCGGCCGACGAUCCCGGGCAGGAGGAGGUGGUUCAGCAGUGUAUGGCCAACCAGACCUGGCUGGAGACUCUCUUCAAUUCCUUCAUCGAACUGCUGACCCUGAGCAACAAGCUUUAAAGGGCAAAGGUCAAGCGCCAGAGCAUGCUCACAGCGGCGGAGAGGAAAGAGAACCGUUACUGAACCGUUAGAGACCUCGGAGCAGCAGGAUGUUCGAAUGGGCCGAGUUCCUGACACAGUCCUGUAGAAGGAGUGAGCCGUGACCCGGGCUGCUGCAUCAUCACUUGAAGAAUUAUUUUUGAUUUUUAUUUUUUUUGUGACACUUUUUGUUUCUUGUAUUUUGUGUAAAACCAGAGGCAAAAGAAACAAAGAAAAGAAAGAAUGUGUGCCGAUAUGAAGGAGGGUAGAAACCGCGCCCAGGGCAACAGGGUUAGAGCCUCGAACACUAACGAUCCAUGCACACUCUUCUUAAUAGAUAAAUAUGUAUUAUUAUUAUUACCAUUUAUGAUUUGUAUUAUUUAUACAAGGACAUUUGUAACAAGUGCGCCCCAUAAAAAGCCUGAAGCCUGGCCAUUCGCUGUUUUACUUUAUUUUAUUUUGAAUAAUAAUAUUCAUGUUUUAUGAUGUACAUGAAAUGGCCUACCCAUAAUUCCCUGCUCUUCCCACCCCUGAAAGAACUGAAGUAAAAAAAAGAAGAAGAAUAACGGGGGUCGGACUUAAAGGGAGAGUCUAAAGCUGUGUGUGAUGUCAUUUUCUUCAGAAAAAAAAGACCAGAGACAAAAAUGUAUUUAAAUUUAAAAACGUGUUUCUUUCUGUUCGUUCUUUAAAAGAAAAAAAGGGGGAAAAGGGAUAAAAUGUCAUAUCUGUUCGUUUUCUCAAAGAAAGCGUGAUGGUGCAGAGGGAUGUAACAUUUUUUAAAUGUGAAAAUGUCUGUGUUUGUUUUUUUAUCUGUUGGUCGUUUGCUAUGAUGAUUAUUCUUAUGAUUAUUCUUAUUAUUAUUCAUAUUAUUAUUAUUAUUGUUGUUGUUAUUAUUAUUAUUAUUUUGGAGCUUUUUCUGUUUGAUUUUUCUGUAAAUAUUGUACAGCUGCUUCAGUCUCAUCUGAAAAGGAGCGCCCCUGUAUUUGACAACCGCAAAUAAAAUCAGAAACAAAGAGCAGAUGUUGGAGCGAGGUGAGUGAGGGUUGAGUCGGGCGCGGCUCUGUCACCGUUCCCGUGCAGCGGUGUGAUAAAGUCACUUCAUUCAAA